GACUGUUCGCUCUUCAAUUCGUGUGUGGAUAAAUUUGUUAAUCAUUGAAUAUGGUCUUCAUAAAUGUGGGCUUAUCGAAGUGCUACUGGAAUCAAUACUUCGCAGCUAUCAGUGUAAAUCUACUAAGUUUAUCAUACGGCGGUGUUAUCUUAUGGACCUCAGCUAGUUAUAUUUAUCUGAAAAAGGAUUCGAAUCGCUUUGAAACCGGGGUACUGACAAAGGAACAACUAGGUUUGAUUACUGCCGCACUCUCUCCUGGCACGCUUGUUGGUGCUCUUUUCUUUGGGUGGCUGGCCGAUAAAAUCGGAAGGAAGCGAUGUUUGCUGUUAGCUGCAUUACCAAUGCUGGCACACUGGAUAAUUAUUCCCUUUGCCCGCAAUCCUUUGCAAUUGGCUGUGGCACGAUUUCUUGGCGGAACUGCCGGCGGAAGUUGCUUCACCGUGAUACCCAUUUAUAUUACAGAGCUGGCCCAGGAUAACCUACGCAGCACACUGGGCAUGCUAUUAUCACUAGCUCUGUCCACCGGCGUUUUACUUAUUAAUACUUUGGGUUAUUUUCUUCAUUACAUCACUGUGGCUUGGAUCAUGACAAUCAUUCCUUUGGCUUUUCUUGUUUUAUUUGCCUUCAAUCCCGAGUCACCGCAAUACUUGGCACAACGCAAUAGGGAAAAGGCAGAGCGUUCACUCAGAUACUAUCGUGGUAUAUCUUCAUCUGGCGAUGCCAAUGAGGAGUUCCAGCAGGAGCUGAGCAGAUUGUGCAAAUCAGAGGAUGAGAAACCAGAAAAACUUCAGCUCUGCUGGCACGAUUUCACUAAUCGCAAGGCGCGCAAGGCUUACUUCAUUGGAUUGGGUUUGGUUCUGACGAAUCAAUUUAAUGGCUGCUUAACGUUGCAAAACUAUAUGACGUUUAUUUUUGAGGAAGCUGGGUCUAAUUUACCGCCAAUGAUUUCUGCAAUUAUUGUCAGCGUAAUUGUAUUAGUAGGCACUUUUUUAUCGACGCAUUUUGCGGGAUUUGCAGGGAGAAGGACGUUAUUACUCGGUUCGAUCUCUGGCAUUUUCAUAGGUGAAUCUGUCAUGGCUUUGUAUUAUUAUCUUACUUCCAAGGGAUAUGAGACGAGCAUGUUCAACUGGCUACCGAUAGGUACAUUCUCUCUAGUACAAUUUUCUUCAACAUUCGGCAUCCUGUCCGUCACCACUCCGCUUAUUGCUGAGCUGACGCCGCCAAAGAUUCGAAGCAUUGUUGUUAGAGUGCAAAUCGUAACCAUGUUUCUGCUGUCAUCGGUCAUAACUAAGAUAUUUCCGCAACUUAGUGAAUCUCUUGGCAUGUCCAGCAUGCUUUUUAUAUUUGCCGGACUUUCCUUUAUUUUCACUGUAUUUAUUGCAAUCUUUGUUCCAGAAACAAAAGGAAAAUCUAUCCAAGCUAUUCAGGAUAGCUUCUGGACCUCAGCUAGUUACGUUUAUCUGCUAGAGGAUUCACGUCAAUUUGAGACCGGAGUACUGACAAAGGAACAACUAGGUUGGGUGACAGCCGCCGCUUUUCCUGGCUCGUUUGUUGGCGCUCUUUUCUUUGGGUGGCUGGCGGAUAAAAUCGGACGGAAGCGAUGUCUUCUGUUAGCUGCAUUGCCUAUGCUGACGCACUGGCUAAUCAUUCCCUUUGCCCGCAAUCCCUUUCAGCUGGCCGUAGCACGUUUCUUUGCCGGAACUGCCGGCGGCUGUUGCUUCACCGUGAUUCCCGUCUACAUAACUGAAUUGGCUCAGGACCGACUUAGAAGCACACUGGGCAUGAUAUUCGCAUUAAAUCUGGGCGCUGGCAUUUUACUCAUUAAUAUUUUAGGUUAUUUUAUGCAUUACAUUACUCACAACAAGGAAAAGGCAGAGCGUUCUCUCAGAUACUAUCGUGGUAUAUCUUCAGCUGGCGAUGCCAAUGAGGAGUUCCAGCAGGAGCUGAGCAGAUUGUGUAAAUCGGAAGAGGAAAAGCCAGGAAAACCUCAACUAUGCUGGCACGAUUUCAAAUGGGUGUCAGAUUAUACAAAAACGCAAAAUAUCAUUCGGUAUUCUGCUCAAUUGCUGUCAAGACGUUUCUCCCAAUUGUGUUUCCAUUCCAAGAAAAUAAUGUCAAAGCUACUGCAGAGCUCUUUAUUGAAUCCAAAAACACGCUACCAACUGCUGGCCACCGUAAUAGUGAACAUUAUUACAUUCGGUCAUGGUGUGGGAGUUGGCUGGCUUUCGCCUACGCUCACGAAAAUACAAAGAUCCGAUUCGCCGUUAAGCUUUCAGGUGACCAUCGAUGAGAUCUCCUGGCUGGGUUCUAUGCUUGGCCUGGGCAGUCUUUGUGGCAACUUAACUAUAGCCUUUCUGCUCGAACGCAUGGGCAGAAAGUUCUGCAUUUAUUUACUAGCAGUUCCUUAUGCUUGCUUGUGGAUUCUGAUUUAUUGUGCCUCCAAUGUGGGCUUCUUGUAUGCGGCACGCUUUCUUUGCGGCUUUACGGGAGGGGCUGGCUAUCUGGUAGUUCCCAUUUAUAUCAGCGAGGUGGCCAACAGCGGUAUACGCGGCGCAUUGACUUCCAUGGUGAUGCUAUCUGUCAAUUUGGGCAUACUUGUUGGCUAUAUACUGAGCACUUAUCUGGCUUAUCAUGUGGUGCCAUUUUUGGCCAUCAUUCUGCCGAUAGCGUAUUUUACAGCAAAUCUUUUACUGCCCGAAACGGCGCCAUAUCUCCUAAAGCAAAGUCGCCUCUUGGCCGCCGAAGCCUCUUUCAAAUAUUAUCAAAAUCAACGUGAUGACUUGGAGGACAAUUCCAAGGCGGAGUUUGAGGAGUUGCGCCUGGCCGUGGAUGCCCAGCAGGCUAGGAAUACCACAGCUCUGACCUACAGGGAUUUAAUUACAAAACCCGCUCUCAAGGCCUUUGCUGGUGCAUGUAUUCUAUCCUCAGGUUAUCAGUUCAGUGGCAUCUUCAGCUUCAUCAAUUACAUGUCGGAUAUAUUCAAGGCCUCUGGCGCCUUGUUUGAUGUUAAUACUUGCACUAUUAUUAUAGGCGUGGUGCAGAUUGUUGGCGUUUAUACUUCGACCAUAUUUGUGGACAUCAUUGGACGUCGCAUUCUCAUGUUGAUCUCAACCCUGGGGGUUGGCCUCGGUUGCACUGCUUUUGGUUUCUUCACCUACUAUGCGCAAAUCUAUGAUUUGCAGCAUCUCAACUGGCUGCCCUUGGUGCUAAUGAUAAUCAUCAUCUAUGUGGGUAACGUAGGACUUAUUGGCAUCUUUUUCGUGGUGCUAGUCGAGCUCUUUCCCGCUAAGAUACGUUCGGUGGGCACCUCGAUAUCCGUCGUCUUUCUCAGCAUGCUUGUGUUUGUCACCCUGAAGCUGUUUCCGCUACUGCUCCAUUAUUUCGGAAUCUCGGUGACCAUGUGGUUCUCGGCCUCUGCCAGUCUGCUUACAUUUGUGUACUUUUUGUUGUUUUUGCCCGAGACUAAGGGCAAAUCUAUGAUCACCGACUAAAGACGUUUCGUUUAGAAUUUUAAGAGUAUCUCAGUGUUUAUUUUAUAUAAUAAUAAUAAAUUCAUUCGU